AUGUUUCCACUAUUCGAGCUAGCAGGCUUUGACAUCACUUUGGUCAUCGUAUCCCUGUUCUGUUCUCGAUUCAAGACCGCCUUCGCGUACCUCGAUCCGGUUGUCCUCAAAUACGAAGAGGAAAAGCCCGAAGCGCCUCUCAGAGACGGCGUCGAGGCGCCCAAUCCCUGCGAGGACGCCGAAGUGGGGACCGUGUUCUUGCAGCAACCACCAGAGGAAACCGGAGUUGGCAAGCCGGCAGAUACGAUGAGGUCGACGCUGGGAUUCGGGAAGGAGUUUGUGAUUUCCAUGCCAGACAGAGCGGACGAACGAGAUGCGUUCAGCCUUCAAUCGAGCUGGAACUCCGGCAGAACCGCGUAUGACGUCUCGUUGCGCGGCGCCGAGAAGGUCUUCUUCACCGAGAGCAUGGUGCCCUCUAACAUCCGCUCGAAAGCGCACUUCCUCGACUUCACGUGCAUCGCCCCAUUCACGACCGUGGUCGGCAUCUCUAAGCCGGCUGGCCCGUCAAAUCGAGGGAGUGACAUUCACGGGCUGGAAAACGAGCAGGGCGGCCACGAGGUGGAAGACGGGGUCGAGGGCAUAUCGGGCGGGCAAGAUGAGGGUUCAGAAGAGGCAGCUGAGGUGAAAGUCGCAGACGGUGCAGGAGCCUCAGGGUCGGGUUCAGAACCGGAGUUGGACACAGGGCGAGAAAUGCUGGGGCAUACGCCCGAGCUGCUUGAGGCCCAGCGGCAGUGA